CCAAGCGUGACGCCAGAACUACAACAAGGAAGUGGACGUCCACUAAUUGCCUGCCAGCAGAAGGCAAAAAGAAGACUAAGGGAAACUAUACUCCUCGAACCAGGCGACGCUUCGCUUGGUUGUCGGCUACCGGCGAGGAGGCGUCAGCGGCGGCUUGGGCGAUCUUGUGGGGCUGUCAUUGGUGGUCACCGUGGAACAGCGCCUCAUCGUCUCAGGGGCUUCUAGCCAGCCAGCUAGCUAGCUAACGAGCUAGCUUGCGAUGAACACGGACGUGGAAUUCCACAUCAGGCAGAAUUAUCCGUGGAAUAAAUUGCCGGCUAAUGUCAAACAGAGUUUGGGCAACUCUCAGCGCGAGUACGAGAAACAUGUGCUGCUGUACAGCAUCCGCAACCAGCUGCGAUUCCGCAAUAACUUAGUGCGCCACGUGCGCAAGGAUGAGCGCAAGUACUACGAGGAGCUGCUCAAGUACAGCCGCGAGCACCUGAUGCUAUACCCCUACCACCUGUCGGACAUCAUGGUGAAGGGGCUGCGCGUCACGCCCUUCUCCUACUACGUCGGAAUCAUGGAGGAUAUCAUGAACAGCGAGAAGAGUUACGACUCCUUGCCCAACUUCACCGCUGCUGAUUGUCUGAGGCUGCUUGGAAUCGGGCGAAACCAGUACAUUGACCUGAUGAACCAGUGCCGCUCGUCCAAGAAAUUCUUCCGCCGGAAAUCGGCGCGGGAUCUUCUCCCGUCCAAACCGGUGGAGAUCUCGGUGGAGCCGUGGUGGGUGGCGCAGACGGGCUACAUCACCGAAGAUGACAUCAGGAUCUGCUCUUCGGCCGAGAAGAAAGCCAUCGAUAAGAUGAUCGAUUCAGGGCCACAGCUGGCUGGCUCGAUGGAGUACAACGUGGUGCUAAGUUUGUACAACCGGGGCUUCAUUUACUUGGAUGUUCCUAUUUCCGACGACAGCUGCAUCUCAGUGCCGCCGCUGGAGGGCUUUGUCAUGAACCGUGUGCAGGGCGACUACUUCGAGACGCUGCUCUAUAAAAUCUUCGUGUCCAUUGACGAGCAGACCAAUGUCGCUGAGCUGGCAAACGUGUUGGAGAUCGACUUGGAUUUGGUGAAGAACGCCGUGUCCAUGUAUUGCCGUCUGGGCUUCGCUGUGAAGAAAGGUCAGACGAUCAGCUCCGAGCAGCUCCACCCCACCUGGAAAAACGCCCCCUCCCUCAACAGGCUUAAGAGCACCAUGGACCCUCAGAAGAUGCUGCUGUCCUGGGAACAAGGCAGCCCCGUCAUGGAGGGAGGAUCCUCGGCCACAGACACGGACACCACCAGUCUGGAGGACCAAGCGGACACGGGCAGCGUCAGCAGCCUGAGCCUCCCCGCGGUGGCGCCUACCAAGCGCAUCGCCUUCCUGUUCGACUCCACACUGACCGCCUUCCUCAUGAUGGGCAACCUGUCACCCAACCUCAAGAGUCACGCUGUCACCAUGUUUGAGGUGGGCAAGCUGUCCGACGAGACGCUGGACAGCUUCCUGGCUGAGCUGGAGAAGGUGGAAAGCACGGCCGAGGGCGAGGCGCAGCGCUACUUUGAUCACGCCCUCACCCUGAAGAACACCAUCCUCUUCCUACGCUACAACAAGGAACUCACUCAGGACCAGGGACCUGAUCUCCCAAAUAUAGGUUUCCCGCUGGACAUGCUGCGCUGCGAGAGCCUCCUAGGUCUGGACCAGGCCACCUGCAGUCGCGUGCUCAACAAGAACUACAAGCUGCUGGUCUCCAUGGCGCCGCUCAGCAACGAAAUCAGACCAAUCAGCAGCUGCACGCCUCAGCACAUCGGGCCCGCCAUCCCUGAGGUGAGCUCCAUCUGGUUCAAGCUCUUCCUGUACCAUGUGACCGGCCAGGGUCCGCCCUCGCUGCUGCUCUCCAAAGGCUCCAGGCUGCGCAAGCUGCCCGACAUCUUUCAGGUCUACGACAGGUUGCUGAUCACAUCCUGGGGUCACGAUCCUGGCGUGGUGCCCACGUCCAACGUGCUGGCCAUGCUCAACGAUGCUCUCACGCACUCGGCCGUUCUUAUCCAGGGUCACGGCAUGCACGGCCACGGCGAAACUGUGCACAUCCCAUUCCCUUUUGACGAGGAGGACCUAAAGGGAGAGUUCUCCUACUCCAACAUGUGCGUGCACAAGGCACUGGGCAAACUGCGCGAGCACGUGGAUCUGGAGCACCAGUGCGGCUAUAUCACCAUGCUCAACGCCAACAACAAGCACCGCCGGUGGCCCAGCGACACCAUCGAGUGCAGAGGAGACACCCACCUCGGAGGAGGCCCGGACACCAAUGGCAGCACCGAGUCCUUUGAACUGGUGUCAGAAGAGAACAACAGCGACAGACGGACUAAGGUGGACGCCCUCUCGUGUGAGGACGAGUGGGUUCCCCUGGAGCUGUGCUUCGGUAUGCCGCUCUUCAGCUCUGAGCUCAACCGCAAGGUGUGCCGCAAGAUCGCCGCCCACAAGCUUUGCAGUAGCGACAGCUUGCAAGAGCUGCUUCACUCCAGCCGGAAGCUGUCCCUCAAGGUUCUGAGCUUCGUCCAAUCUUUCCAGGAUGGCGGUCCGCCCUGCGAGCCGGACAGUGGGGUGACCAAUCCUCUCAGUCAGCCCUCAGCCGAGUCGGGCGUCCCUCUGCCGGCCCUCAACCUCCUCUACAAGGACGGGCAGCUGCGGGAGUGGAGCGGACGGGCCCCUCCCCCUCUGGACAUCACAGCCCUACAACGCGAGCAGUCCACGUAGAACGACCCCACCACCACCGACCGCCACCAUCCACCCUUAUUUUUGCAUCCCGGGCGGGCACGGGCCAAGGGCCUUCUAUUGUCCACCGAACAUGAGCGCUAGCAGGGCAGGACAACUCACUUAGCUCGCCCCCCACCCUUUCCCGCAGUUGAUGUUGAGUAGUACCCCUCUUCAUAUGGUAUCGGUGUUGCGCAAGUCGGCCUUGUCCCAGGACCAUGUAGUCCCAUGUUUGGUGAUCCCAUGCAUGAAAAUCCCUUCCUCUGAGGGGAACCAGACUUUCGUUCAUUGUUUCCACUGUGCAGUCCUUACUGUGGAGCGUACUCGACGUGAUUGCUUUCUUUCAUCCUUUCCCCUUCUCUUUGAGAGCAACAAAUACUUUUUUUAAGCAUAAGACAUGGUUUGUUUUUUUAGUCUUUAUUGUUUUUUACUUUUUGCCUUAUCAUAACGUCACAUUCCGACUUCCAUGAAUGAAGCUGAUCAGGAAGAGCAGGUACAGGUAGUCCUGACUGCCGGUGCCUCCUUCGCAUCGGGUCCAGCUCCGAUAGCUGCCUGCUUGCAUUUCUUCCAGAUUAGAUCCAGCUCUGGUCUGCACGUUCUCUGAACUGGGCCCAGCUCUGCUAGAGAUUUUUCUCCCCUCUUCUCGAUGAAAUUCAGCUGUGGCAGCCUCUUGCUUGCACCUCAUAUGGAUUGGUUAACCAUCUGCUUGCAUCUCAUCUGGAUGGGUGGCAACUAUGGGCAAGUUCACAAAACGGCACACAUGAAGAGAUGGCAUCUUUAUUUUCUUAGUAUUCAUUGCGUUCCUGAAGGAUUCAUCUUCUCUAUUUUGUUUUCCUCACAAUAAGUGAGUU